GCCACAUCUUACAAGUCUCCAGCGUGGCAAUGGAGGAGACAUACCUUCUCAACUAUCCAGGUGUCAGGAAGAAAAUUCUGGCAGGAGGCAGUGGACCGUUGCCUCACUUUCCACCUGGGACAAAGCUGGUUUUCCACUUCCAGACACUGUUGGACAACUUCGAGAGGACAGUCAUUGAUGACAGCCGACUAGCUGGCAGACCGGCAGAGAUCUUUGUCGGAAAGAUGUUUAAGAUGGAAGUCUGGGAGACCCUGUUGACGUCCAUGCGUGUUGGAGAGGUGGCUGAGUUCUGGUGUGAUGCCAUUGAGAUGCCAGGUGAUAUAGACUACAUUAACUUAGGUCGAAUGAUUGUCCCCCUGGAGCUGAACUACUGCCAGUGUAUGCUGGAGCUGGAGGAGUACUAUGAAGUCAUAGAGCACAUGGAUGAGCUGCUGCAGAAACACAAAGACUGUGUCAAAGGCUACUACAAAAGAGCCAAAGCCCACGCUGCUGUGUGGAAUGAAAAGGAGGCCCGGAGAGACUUCAACAUGGUGGCUCAACUCGACAUCACUUUGGCGUCCCUCAUCCAUCGAGAGCUGAAGGCCCUGUCGGAGCGCAUGAAGGAGAAAUAUUGGGAGGAGAAGGAGCAAUACUGGAAAAAGCUAGAGAAAAAUGAAAACGCAAAUGAAGUGGGGGAGGCAGAGAGGAAUGAGGAGGAGGAGAAGAAGCAGACAGGAGAGAUAGAAGAGGGAAAACAAGAACAUCCUGAAAGUGCGACAACAGAGGCAAACGAUAAAGUGGGAGAUGGUUCCGAAGAAUCUCCCCCUAAAUAUGCAGAAGUUCACGAAGAUAACCUCGGGGAAAAUAAAGUUGCACUGACUGAGGGAACAGUUACCAAAGAAGAAGCGAGCUCUUCUGCAGGGAAUUUAAACACUUGCGAUCAAACAGAAGGCAAGGACUGGCAGCAGAUGUUACGACUGGUCAUGUUGCUGCAGAAUGAGGGAAAUUUCCUCAUUAAAGAGAACCGCUUUCAAGAAGCUUCGGGAAAGUUCAAGGAGGCUCUAGAAUAUGUGGACUGCCUUCAAAAUAAAGUGGAUCAACAGGGCGAGGACUGGGAUUCGCUGGAGAACGUGCGUCUUCCUUUGACUCUGAAUUUCAGCCAGUGCAUGCUGGAGCUAAAACAAUACCAGCAAGUUGUGGAGCUCAACACCAAGCUGCUGAAGAAACACAAAGGUAAUUUCAAGGCAGUGUACCAGAGGGCUCGGGCUCAUGCUGCUUUGUGCAAUGAGGAUGAAGCUCGAAGAGACUUUGAUACGGUGGAGAAACUGGACCAGAAGUUUAAACCCUUUGUGCGGCAGGAGCUGAGGAAUCUGGGCCAGAGCAUGCGUUCGAUACAUGCCAGUCAGAACAAGACUUACUGGGAUACAACGCAGGAGAAGUGGGGGCCUGGUGGGACCAAGGCCACGAGUGCAGCCAGAAAGAAGAACGUCAAAUUUCCUCCAAAAGCCACAGAAGGUAAAGCUAAAGCAGAUAUUAAUGCAGAUAAGAAGACUGAAGACACUAAGAGCCAGGAGAUGGAAAGCUCAGAGAAAUGCACCCCUGUCGAGACAGACGGGGUGGAUGUUGCAGAAACAGGGAAAAAUCCAGAUGUGAAAGCAGAGCAGGGUAAUAAAGAGCCAGAGCGUGGGAGAGCGAGUGGAGAGGGGUUAGAUAAUGAAAGUACAGAGAAGGCCGUGGUUCAUGAAGCUGGGCUGGGUGUACCAGAUAAUCAAGCAAUAGAUAAAGAUAGAGAUCCUGCGCCCACCAGCUCCGGCAAAGAUAAUGCAGCGAGCAAGAGAUCAGUGCGCGAUAAGGCGAGAAAGAAGGUAAAGUGUCAAUCAAGUGCUGCACCACAGCCAAAGAGAACAAACUCAGGGAACAAAGCCAACAGGGCUAAAACAGAAAAGGGUGGCACUGCAUCAGAAUAGACCAAUGAGCCCUUUUUUUCUGCGCUGAAGCAAAGGUUUAAGGUAGAAGUCGAGGGCAGACUGCAUAACAGAGUAAGAAAAAAGCACACAAGCCUCACAAUGGGACAUACACAAAUCCAAAUAUAACCACAGAAAGAAAAAUUAAUAUAAAACAGCCUGUAUUUGGCACCAUUCUGAGUUAACUUUCAUUAUUCAAAUCUCAAAGGGAUAACUGCAGUCACAUGAAAUAAACAAAAAAAAAACAAUAACACGAGCAGACGAGGAGUUUGCCAAAUACAAACUUUUAUUUCUGUACACAAAGAGUAGAAAGCAGCCAGUAACCCAUUUGUUAUUACAGUAAAAAGCCUUUCUUCAGAAACCCUUUGUUUUUUAUACAGAUUAAAAACUCCAGAGAAAAGACGAAAAGAAGUGUUUUGAGUUCUGGACAAUAAAACAGGAAAUCAAAAGUGUUAAAGAAGUCAAACAUCAUGAUUAAUGAGGUAUAUUAAUGGUGAUUUAAAAGAACACACAAAGAAGAGAAGAAACCUCAUUUCGUCAGAAAAAAAACGAGUGUGUUAGAGUAACAAACGUAUAUAUGUUGCGUGAGAUACAAGCGCAUGUGUCCUUGUUACAUAUUUAGAUGCGUGCUGGUAAACACAGGAGGGAGGGUCUGACACUGAGGCGGCAGAUUAAUGACAGGGCCCGUGGAGCAUGUUGGCGAGCUACAUGCGGUAACAGAAGUCUGAACAGUGAUAGCGGCGUCCUCUGGGGGUGACUCCGGCUUAUGUAGAGAACCUUUUUUCACUCGGCUUCAGUCAUGCCACGGGGAGCAGUGUGUGUUAGUGUGUGCGGGGCAAAACAGGAAGCCACAAGGAGUAAAGAAAUGUGCACACGGAUGAGACCUCAGAUGAUCACACAGUCACGCAUCAUCAUUUAUUUGGAUGGCGGUGUCGAGCAGCAGCAGAGUGAAAUGUCGGGACAAACUGUGAAUCGCAAUGUAACCCUGUAGUAGAACUACCUAGUCUAUGUGCGUACAUGUUUGUGUCAUUCUUUCGCCGCUAUAUGGUGUUCAAAUAAACAUGACAACUGUUGAUGCGCAGUCCUACUGGGGGGGAUGUCUCCCUUUCUUUUUCACCACCUGUCACUGCGCCGUCAUCUUGUGUACUCACAUAGAAACGUAUGGAGCAACUGAAAGCUUUGGAUAAUCAUCACUGUGUAAUGAGAUGUGUAAAUACCAA